AUGUACCGAUAGUCAUUUGUUUCUGUUCAUAAAUGCAUCAGAAACAUACUUAACCUUCCUUUUUUUUCGAAAGUUCACAUCAAAUUUAAAAAAAAAGGAAGGAAUUUCCGCAAAAAAAGACAAACGCCUCAAUAAUAUGCUCAAAAAGACGAAUUUAACGAUAUAUAACACAUAAAAAUGGGCGAACCGUUCGUUUGUUAGGAAUGUUCCAAGUCCUGCAUAUCGUCGACUCAAAAACAUAUCCUCAAUGAAGCCAAACAAGAACUCGUUUUCUACAAAUAAGGCGGACUUAUUCGACGAUGUAUCCAUAAGAACUUAAGACUUUCUUAAGAAUCGACUGUGAAUCUACAGCGAUAAGCAUUUACUUUCCUAAGCUGAUGCUUAAGGCGUUGCUUAUUCGGCGACUGUGAAUCUGACGGAUACCUUAAGCUUAUGCUUAAGACCAGCUUAGAAAUAAGUUGUGACUGUGAAUACCGCCCUCUGACGCUCAGUCCUUCUCUAUGCGCGACUAUCUAGUCCUUUUUCUCUCUCUCUCGUUUCUUGUCUUGCGCAGUGGGAAUAGAAAUUUCCAGCGUUGUACGUUACUAACGUAUUCGAUCACCGUUGCGUAUCCGUUUGAAGAGGCACGCCUUGCAUCGGUGAGUAUCACAGCGUGCUACGUGCUACGACUUGGUCAAUUUUUCUUCGUUUCUUGAAACGGUUCGGCCAUAGGACUGGGCGACUAGAGGCGAAGAGUUUCGGUUUGCUGCUUGCUGUUCAUUUGAUACGGAGGCAACGGACCCAUCCGAAAAAGGGUAUAGCCGGGUAAGAGACUUUUCCGUUGCCGAGUAUCGAAAGUUUGCCUGUUGGUCUGUGAUACGGAGGUAAGCAACCGAAAUGCUAUGUCAAGUGAAAACGUGACACUUCAGGCACGGGAUAAUAUGAUCUGGGAUCGGAUAUAUCUAUGAGAUCCAAUAAAAGUUCUACAGUACUAAGCGAUUGACUCCUACAAUAAAGAAACAGCACACAGCAAACUGAAAUUCCUCGCUUGUAGUGACCCAAUCCUAUUGCCGAACCGUUUCUUUCAAGAAACGAAGAAAAAUGGUCCGAGCCGUAGCACGUUGUGAUGCGUUGCGAUGCAAUGCGUGCCUCUUCAAAAGGAUACGCAACGGUGAUUCGAUACGAGCGUUUGACACAAGUGGAUACCCGGCUUUGGCUGGAUGUAUGCAAUGUUUGGGUCUCAAUUUCUCUUGCACUUAUCCAGCUUUUACUGUAUUAUUUUUCCACAUAAUAAUUAUUGCAAGUAUUAACAAUACAUAAGAGAUGGGCCGCGGGAGCUCGUCCGAAUCUGCCCGACUGUACCCAACCAAACCCGAAAUAGUCGCGCUACCUGACUGCACGCGUGUAUCGGACGCCCGCCCGAUUGCUGCCGAGCCCGCCCGAGCCCAUAAUAUUGGGUACCAUGCAAGUUCGUUACCUCCACGUGGACUAGAAGGUACCCUCACGUUUGCAAGAGACACCCAAUCGGAAAAAUUCCAAAUUGACCGCCUACGACGAAUUUUAACCAAUACAGGAAGUUUCUACACUGAAACCCCCACCACAAUUAAGAAGUAACAUAUUUCUCAUGACUACGAAAUAAUAUUAGUAUCGUUUCGACUACAGGAAGAGAUUUGUCAUGAAUUUUACUAAGGCGGAAACUCUGAUGUUGAUUAAAGUUUAUCGUUCGAAAAGUGUAUUGUGGGAUCCCAAAAACCCUCAAUAUUAUAAUAAGAUAAAGAAAGAAGAUGCGUGGGAGGAAAUAAGUGAGAAAGUUAAAAAACCAAAAAUACAAUGCAAAAGAAAAAUGGAAUACCUCCUCGCAGCUUUGAGGAGGGAGAAAAUAAAAAUGAAAAGAAGUGCUGACACUGGAAAGGGAACAGAUGAAAUAUAUCAAAGUCAAUGGUUUGCCUUCGAGAGUUUACAAUUCCUCUGGAAUAGGAAUAAAUCAAGGAGGACAUCAAGUACGAUGGGAGAUGAAAUACAAAAUACAACUCUAGAGGCGGCAAAAGAUGAGGUAAUAGAAGAGACAGAGAUGGGAGAAGAUACAGCGGUGGUAAAGGUAGAACAGGGCCCGAGUACGAGUACCCCAUGCCUCCCAACAAAACCAGCUGCUGCGCAAUGGCCGCAUAACAACCAAGAUGAACGCCUGGAAAAGGCAUUCCAGAUUCUCAUGGCCGCGUGUGAUCCAUCAGCUGAUGAGUGUCAGCAUUUCGGAAAUUUUGUUGCAGCGAAAUUAAGGGAACUGAACGUUUCCGAAAGGGUGCAUAUUCAAGUACAGAUUGUGCAGUUAUUUGCGCAAAUUAAUAAGUUAAAAUGUUCAUGUAAUAAAACCAAUAUAUAUAAUGAUGUAUAAGGUAUACAGAAUAUCCCGUAACUCCUGUAACUCCCGGAAAUGGGGGGUUGCUGGGGUGAUUCUGAACAACAUUUUCCUUUAUCAAAAUCUCGUUUGAAGCUUCGUUUUUGAGUUAUUAACGAAAAACACUGGCCAAUCAGAGCGCGCCUUUAGCUCGCGCCGAACCACGAGAGCGUUGGCUUUCAGCCGCGCUCGGUCGUGGUCGUGAACAAACGCUUUGGUACAGCGCGGGUAUCAAGAGAAGCGUGCGAUAAAUGUUACACCGUCUUAAAUUAAGAACAAUGUGGAAUUAUUUGUUAUUCAUAAAUAAUAAAUGCGUUUGCGGGAGUUACGGGACACCCUGUAUACACGUAAUAUUAAACAACAUUCAAUUUCAUUCUUUUCUCUUUCUCUCUGUGACCUAACACCCUAUUUACGGACCCAGGCGUUGAUUAUUUUCACCCAAUACGGGAAUUGAAAACAGAAAUGUGUUCUAAAUUCUUGUCGCAAUCGUUUAGUGUAGGGGGCCGGGGAGCACUAGGUGGCGGCGAGAGGAACCGUGCUCUCGCAAGCGCUCGCCCGGCAUGCGGCUCGAAUAUAUACAAGUUUUGAACCGCGGUAUGAUAAGUGUCUGGGCCAGGGGUCGUAUGUUGUCAGCCCCACUGACAAGUCUAACAGACGAUCCAGAGACGAAACACCGUUUGUUUUCUCGACUGUUACAUUCUUGUAUAAUAUUUUUGGUAGAACUUUAGAAUUUGAGUAUCGGAUUUAAAAUAUGGGUAAUAAAUUAUGACCUCUUCGAGUAAUAAAUUAAUUAAGCCAACUCAAACCCCUAGUAUAAUAACAUAUUUUUUCUGUAUUUUAUUUCCCUAAGUCAUAAACCGAUUUCCAACAUUCCUCUUUAAACUUGCAGAUGUAAUAAAAGUUAUAUAGUACUAAGCGAUGGACUCCUACAAUUAUUAAGAAACAGCAGACAGCAAACCGAAACUUGUCACUUGUAAUGGCUCAGUCCUAUUGCCGAACCGUUUCUUUCAAGAAACGAAGAAAAAUUGACCGAGCCGUAGCACGCUGUGAUACGCAGUGCCUCUUCAAAAGGAUACGCAAUAGUAAUGCGAUACGGGCGUUUGAUACAAGUGGAUACUCGGCUUUAAGCAUUUCGCACUGCACCAAAGCGGACUGUUGCAAGUCUCUCAUUGGUGGAGGUGUGAUAAAAAUGGGACUGGUAAGACAGUUGCGACUGUCAUAUCGAAUAUGUGCUCUGUAUGUAAGUAAGACGCAGAUCUAAUUUAAUUUAAUUUAUAUUUUUCCCGGUUCGGAAAAAUGGGAUGCAUUUUUGCACCCGGGUGGCGUUCUUUAGGGACUUUACCGUCCCUUUUUGCCCAACGAACACUGUCGGCCACACGCCUAGGGGGUUGGCACUACAGCCAACACUCUCCCGCGCAAUUUUGAAACUUCUUUAUGCUUACGCUAAUCGCUCUUUUACUUAAGUACAUUCUUUCUUUCGCUUUGCCCGUUACAUUUACUCUCUUACGCUUUUGCGUUACUUUUAGUUCUCGCUCGCUCCUUUACAUUCCUCUUUUAGUCGCCUCUUACGACAGGCAGGGGUUACCGUGGCCGUAUUCUACUCCCCCCGAGCCGCAGGGGGCUGAUGCAGAUCUAAUCUCCCAUGGGGUUAUCUGGGACCCUUAAAAUCAUGACCCCUUCAUAGCCAUAGACAUAAUUUCAUAUGUCUAUGUUCAGAGCAAAGGCAUAUCCAGUCUUUUUGUAUCUGUAGUCACCGGUUUUCGUUUCAUCAGUUAAGGUUAGAUCAGGUCAGGUUAAUUUUUGCAAUGUAAAGUUACUAAUGCAUUAUAACUGCUUCAUUAUUUUGAAUAAACAUAUAUUCAGGUUUUUGAUUAUGAUCUUUAUCAACCUACUUUAAUUAUUUUUUAUAUGCUUAUGUUUAUGCAUUAAAAAAUUUGUUAUGAAGACAUGUCAGAUGCUUUUGAGGAAAUUCAAGCUCUUAAAAUAAAAAGGAACAGUUUAAGGGAAAAAUUGCAGAAGAGAAAACGUGAGAGACAUGAAUUAUUCACUCUUACUUCUGCAACACCAAUAUCAUCCACCUUAACUAAUGAAUCAUCCCUUGCUAGUGAUGUAGCUGGACAUUCACAACGAUCAGAUCACAGUGAAUAUGAAAGGGAUGUUUUAUGCAUUUUACAUGAGUCUUUACCUAAUUUACCUAUCACAUCUGCAGAAUUAAUAGAUCAACUUCGUAAGAAUCUUAAUGCAGAUGUAUGUUCUACAGACAUCCAUAAAAUUUUAGAAAAGCUUGCAGCACAAGAUAUUGUUAAAAUCAAAGAAGUGACAGAGAAUGGUGUUUUUGGAUAUACAGUAUUAUCGGUGAUGGAAUCACAAUCAUCAUAUCAAUCUCAAUCGGAUGAUACAGAGAAUCCAGAGAGCGCAGAAACAUCUGCAUCUGAGUUAAAUGACUACAUGCCUGUAGAAAAACAGCCCAAAUUGGAUAAGAAAAAUACUGAAGAUAUAAUGUCUCUGAUAUCGAUGCCUACAAUCAGAGAGAAAGAAAAUAAAAAGGUUGGAGAGCAAAUUUUGGAUUUAUUAUCAAAGCAAACGUCUAAAGAAAAAUCAUUGGCCGAACGAUUUCGAUCUCAAGGAGGAGCUCAAGUUAUGGAAUUCUGUCCUCAUGGCACAAGAGUAGAUUGUGUCAAAUUGAAUGGUGGGCCAGGAUUUGCCGAAAAAUGCAAGAAACUCCAUUUCAAAAAAAUUAUUCAAAGUCAUACGGACGAAUCUUUGGGUGACUGUAGUUUUCUUAAUACUUGCUUCCAUAUGGAUACAUGCAAGUAUGUUCAUUAUGAAGUAGAUGGACCAACAACUCAACCAAAAGAAUCGAAUGAAACGGACAAUGUAAAUAGUACUACAGUGACUAAAGGUUUAACACUAGAUAGUAAGAAUGGUAAUAGUACUACUUGCCCAACUCCUGGUGGAUCUUUAGGUAGUGAAUUGACUCUGUACCCACCGCAAUGGAUACAGUGUGAUUUACGAUAUCUUGACAUGACUGUAUUAGGUAAAUUUGCUGUUAUAAUGGCUGACCCUCCAUGGGAUAUCCACAUGGAGUUACCCUAUGGUACCAUGUCGGAUGACGAAAUGAGACAGUUGGGUAUACCUGCACUUCAGGAUGAAGGUCUUUUGUUUUUGUGGGUAACAGGGAGAGCAAUGGAACUUGGUAGAGAAUGUUUGCAAUUAUGGGGAUACGAGAGAGUGGAUGAAAUCAUAUGGGUAAAAACGAAUCAGUUGCAGAGAAUAAUAAGAACAGGUAGAACAGGUCAUUGGUUAAAUCAUGGUAAAGAACAUUGUUUAGUUGGUAUGAAAGGUAAUCCAAGAAUUAAUCGAGGUUUGGAUAGCGACGUUAUUGUGGCCGAAGUUCGUGCAACUAGUCAUAAACCUGAUGAAAUUUAUGGAAUUAUCGAACGUAUGAGCCCAGGAACGAGAAAGAUUGAAUUAUUUGGCCGACCGCAUAAUGUUCAACCUAAUUGGAUAACAUUGGGAAAUCAAGUAGACGGGGUUCAUCUGAUUGAUCCUCAGCUCAUUAAAGCCUUCAAAAAACGAUAUCCAGAUGGAAACUCAAUGAAACCCAGUAAACCUUAAUGAUCAUUUUAAACUAAUGUAAGAUAAAUGAAUAAUUAUUUUAUUAUAUAAGUUAUGAGAAUAAAACUAUUUGAUAAAAAUUUGAGACAAA